AACCAUACGCAAACCAGACAAUAGCACACCGCCCAACAGUAAACGUUUCCUGUGCUCAAAUCUUCUCCUUCUCACUCGUUUGAGGUCAGCAAUUCAUCUCCUUAAUUGCACAGCUUCAUGAGAUCAAUGGCUGUGACGUAUCCCAAAUCCCCUCAGAUAGUUCUAUGGGACUCGAUUCGGAUUAUGAAGCCGGUCGGCUCGGUUACGAUGCUCCCGCGCAACCAGCUUCCGGUCAACAGAGCUACUGCGGUCCGAACCCGAUCAUCCUUGAAGAACCAGGUUUUUGAGGAUCAAUGCAAAGGCAUAGUAUGUUACCGAGACGAGAGCGGGGAGAUCACUUGCGAAGGAUACGACGAGGGCCCGAGACUCCGCAGAAAGAUUCCGAGAACUGCAUACAGCUGUGAAGCCAGGGAUGCCGAUAUCAUCGAUCUUCUUCAACAAAAUUGGCUUCAGAUUGCACAAGAUGGCGGUGCAUUGUACAAAGCGGAUGAUGUGGGAGGUAUUCUACAGGAGGACUUGAGCUAGAGAAUAGCUUUUCAAACAGUGUCUGUUGAGCAGUGGCUGACUUGGUCGAAGUGUGAAUUUUUCUUUGAAUGGCUUUGUGAAUGUGAAGUGUAAUGUCAAAAGGACGAGAGUUUAUGAGCACAA